AUGGAUAAGAAUCUCCAGCCGCUGGAAUCGAGACCGAGUGUGCUAGAAAGUGACAAAGUGGAACUCUGGAAGUCCGCCACGGAAGAGGAGGCUUUGCGUGUCCAGGUGAAGGACCUGGAGGAGAAACUGGAGACUUUGAAGAUGAAGCGCACCGAGGAUAAGGCCAAACUGAAGGAGCUGGAGAAGCACAAGAUCCAACUGGAGCAGCUGCAGGAGUGGAGGAGCAAGAUGCAGGAACAGCAGGCCGAGCUGCAGAAGCAGCUCAAGGAGGCCAAGAAAGAGGCUAAUGAAGCGCAGGAGGCGAAGGAGCGGUACAUGGAGGAGAUGUCCGAUACGGCGGACGCCAUCGAAAUGGCGACGCUGGACAAGGAGAUGGCGGAGGAGCGUGCUGAGUCUCUGCAGCUGGAGGUGGACUCGCACAAGGAGAGAGUGGAAGAGCUCACCAUGGACCUGGAGAUACUCAAGCACGAGAUCGAGGAGAAGGGUUCAGACGGAGCUGCCUCCAGUUAUCACGUCAAGCAGCUGGAAGAGCAGAACGGACGACUCAAGGAGGCUCUGGUCAGAAUGCGUGACUUGUCGGCAUCAGAAAAGCAGGAGCACGUGAAGCUGCAGAAGCAGAUGGAGAAGAAGAACAUGGAGCUGGAUGCUCUACGUGGACAGAGGGAGAAACUACAGCAGGAGGUGGCAGGAGCUGAUAAAACCAUCGACGAGCUGAAGGAGCAGGUGGAUGCGUCUUUGGGAGCAGAGGAAAUGGUGGAGACUCUGACUGAGAGGAACCUGGAUUUGGAGGAGAAAGUGAGAGAGCUCCGAGAGACCGUCACUGAUUUGGAAUCCAUAAACGAGAUGAACGACGAGCUGCAGGAGAAUGCCAGGGAGACGGAGCUGGAGCUGAGAGAGAUGUUGGACUUGGGAACAGCACAAGUCCGAGAGGCCGAGAAACGAGUGGAGGCGGCUCAGGAGACCGUGGCCGAUUAUCAACAAACGAUUCAGAAAUACAGAGAGCUCACAGCACAUCUGCAGGAGGUGAACCGGGAGCUGACCAGCCAACAGGAGGCGUCCGCAGAGCAGCAGCAGCAGCAGCAGCCUCCAGUCGAGUUGUUCGAUUUCAAGAUUAAAUUCGCCGAAACUAAAGCCUAUGCUAAGGCCAUUGAGAUGGAGCUGAGGCAGGUGGAGGUGUCGCAGGCAAACAGACACGUGUCUUUACUGACAGCAUUUAUGCCAGAGUCAUUCCUGCGUCACGGAGGAGACCACGACUGUAUCCUGGUGCUGCUGCUCAUCCCCAGGCUCAUCUGCAAGGCAGAGUUGAUCAGCAAACAGGCACGAGAGAAGUUUGACUUGAACGAAAACUGCGCUGAGCGGACUGGCCUGAAGGGGGCAGCAGGGGAGCAGCUGAGCUUUGCCGGGGGCCUGGUCUACUCCCUCAGCCUCCUGCAAGCAACACUGCACAAAUAUGAACAGGCUCUGUCCCAGUGCAGUGUGGAGGUCUAUAAGAAGAUCGGCUCCCUUUACCCCGAGAUGAGCGUUCACGAGCGCUCCCUGGACUUCCUCAUCGACCUACUACACAAAGAUCAACUGGACGAGACUGUGAACGUGGAGCCUCUCACCAAAGCCAUUAAGUACUAUCAGCACCUGUACAGCAUCCAUCUGGUGGACCAACCUGAAGAUUGCACUGUGCAGCUGGCAGAUCACAUCAGAUUCACUCAGAGUGCGCUGGACUGCAUGGCGGUGGAGGUGGCUCGCCUGCGCUCCUUCCUUCACGCGGGGCAGGAGAAGACAGACUUGGCCGCGCUGCUCAAAGACCUCGGGACGUCCUGCUCAGACGUCAGACAGUUCUGCAAGAAGAUCCGGCGCAGAAUGCCUGGAACCGACGCCCCCGGGAUCCCAGCAGCGCUCAGCUUUGGACAGCAGGUGGCAGACACGCUGACGGACUGCCGCAAGCACCUGACCUGGGUGGUGGCCGUGCUGCAGGAGGUGGCGGCGGCCGGGGCUCAGAUGGUGUCUCCUCUGGGGGAGCAGGAGGGUCUGUCCGCUGCAAAGCUGGAGGACGUCACCUUCAAGGCGGGAGAGCAGAUUUAUGGAGCUCAAGGUGCCAACCCCCACGAGUAUCUACGUCAGUCCUGCUGCACCGUCAUAGCAACCAUGAACAAGAUGGCCACCGCGAUGCAGGAGGGCGAGUACGACUCCGAGAAGCCUCAGAGGAAGACUCCUCCUGUGGAGCUCAGAGCAGCUGCCUUGAGAGCAGAGAUCACAGAUGCAGAGGGUCUCGGGAUGAAGCUGGAGGAUCGAGAAACCGUCAUCAAAGAACUCAAGAAAUCCCUCAAGAUCAAGGGAGAGGAGCUGAGUGAGGCCAGUGUGCGCCUGAGUCUCCUGGAGAAGAAACUCGACAGUUCGUCCAAAGACGCAGAUGAACGAGUGGAGAAGAUCCAGAUGAGACUCGACGAGGCUCAGACUCUGCUCAAGAAGAAAGAAAAGGACUUUGAGGAGACCAUGGACGCUCUUCAGGCUGACAUCGAUCAGCUGGAGGCGGAGAAGGCCGAGCUGAAGCAGAGAGUGAGCAGUCAGUCCAAAAGCGGAGGAGGGGCCUCUGGGGUCUGCUCCACUGUCACUGCUGGCUCUGGAGAGGAACAAAAAGUCACUUCGGUGUCCAGUCUGGGCUCGGGCUCAGGGCUGCAGGUGAUAGACUCUCCGCUGCUCGCGCAACAAAUUGAGGCUCAGCGACUCUGCAUCAAACGACUCAAGAACGAGAACAACCGGCUCAAGGCUGAGAGGAUGCGAGCUCAGUUGGCGUCUCUGCCUCCGCUGCAUGUCACUAAACUGCCCUCCAAAGGCCCCCCAGAGGUGCUCUCCAGCGCCCUCUACCGGAAAACAGACCAACUGCUGGAGACUCUGCUGCAGAUGAGCGCCAACGUCAAAGUGGUGGACGUCACUGGGAAAACUCCCGUGACUCCCAGUGCUCAGCUGUUGGAGCAGACGGCCCGCCUCCAGUCUCUCUCAGACACUCUGGACAGACUCAAGGAUGAAGUGGCAGAGCAUGUCGUAAAUCAUCAGCCUGGAGCUCGCGUGUCUUCAGACUUUGCCACGUUUCCAUCGACUCCGUUUGUAAAGGCCAAGGAGGAGAAGCUGGGUGAUGCAGUGUUGGUGGGCCGUGUGAUGGUCCCAUGUCCCAGAGGUCAGGAGCAGGUGCAUCAACUGGUCCUGUCUCCAAACCAGCUCCACACAGUCCACCGCCUGCUUCAAAACACAUGA